CUUCGAAUUUAAUUUUCAUAUUUAUUUAUUAGAUUUUUCAAAUAUUUUAUUAUUAAUUGUUAUUAUGCUAUCACAUUUAUUUACUUUUAUAUACAUUUUUAACUUCAUUCUAUUUUGUAGCUCUACAUCCGUAUCCACAGAUGGUCCCGCCCUCCGGGCCUCAAGGCUCGCGCUGAUUGGCUCCGAGCUGCUCGGCCUCCCUGCCAAUCAAAACAUCUGCCCGGUGAUUUGCAUAACUCCCAUAAAUCUGUUUCCAGACGGGGACUCUGACGGAGGCGGCCCCCCCCCCUGCGGCUCCGUCAGCCCGCUGGGCGGCGAGGACGAGUUCAAGGCGUCCUGCGCCAGAGAGAUCGCCCUGCUGGCCCUGAUGGAGGAGACGGGCUACAGCAUGGUGCAGGAGAACGGCCAGAGGAAGUACGGGGGCCCGCCGCCAGGCUGGGAGGGCCCCGCCCCCCCCCGGGGCUGCGAGGUGUUCGUGGGUAAGAUCCCCAGAGACCUGUACGAGGACGAGCUGGUGCCGCUGUUCCAGAGAGCCGGACGCAUCUACGAGUUCAGACUGAUGAUGGAGUUCAGUGGAGAGAACCGUGGCUACGCCUUCGUCAUGUACACCACCAGAGAGGCGGCGCAGAGAGCCAUCCAGAUGUUGGACAACCACGAGAUCCGCCAGGGGAAGUACAUCGGCGUGUGCGUGAGCCUGGACAACUGCCGCCUCUUCAUCGGCUCCAUCCCCAAAGACAAGAGGAAGGACGAGAUCCUGGAGGAGAUGACCAAGGUGACGGACGGCGUGGUGGACGUGAUCGUGUACCCGAGCUCCACCGACAAGAGCAGGAACCGGGGCUUCGCCUUCGUGGAGUACGAGUCCCACAAAGCGGCGGCCAUGGCCCGCAGGAAGCUCAUCCCAGGAACCUUCCAGCUGUGGGGCCACUCCAUCCAAGUGGACUGGGCGGAGCCUGAGAAGGACGUGGACGAGGAGGUCAUGCAGCGCGUCCGCGUCCUCUACGUACGUAACCUGAUGCUCAGCACCUGUGAGGAGACGCUCCGCCAGGCGUUCUCGCGCUUCAAGCCGGGCAGCGUGGAGCGCGUGAAGAAGCUCACCGACUACGCCUUCGUCCACUACCGUUGCCGUGACGACGCCGUGGCGGCGCUCGGCCUCAUGAAGGGCGCCCAGAUCGACGGCGCCACCGUGGAGGUCACGCUGGCCAAGCCCGCCGGGGUCAAGGACGGGGGGGGCGUGGCUGGGGGGAGGAGGUACAACAACAACAACCACCGGGGAUACGCAGGAGGUGGAGAAGGAGGAGAAGGAGGAGGAGACAGCGGAGCGUUCUUCCUCCACAGGAGCGAUGGAGGAGCUGAAAGAACCUCGUCUCCACGGAGCCCCUUCUACUCAGAGGAGCAGCACCGUGGGGUGCUCCCCCUGUUCCCCGGCACGCCGCUGGCUCCCACCAACAUGCUGAACCUCAAGCAGAGUCAGAUCAGCUCCGCCGUCAGCCUGCUGGACUUCUACUGCCUCAAGAACCUGUGGGCGCCGCCUCAGUACCACCUGUACUCCACACAGGGGCCGGAGGGGAGGCUGCUGCUGCUCUACAAGGUGGUGGUGCCCUCAACACGCAGCACCUACAUCCCAGACAAGCUGUGUGUGAUGCUGGAUGACGCCAAAGAGCUGGCAGCUCAGACCACCCUGUGGAACCUGGACUCGUCCUUCCUGAGCGCUGCUUCCUGUGACUCCCCCAGCAGCCCCUCCCCCCCCCUCGUCACCCCCCCCUCCUCCAGUAGUACGGGGUUGCUGACCUGCGGCGGUAGAGCCUUCGCCUCCUGCCUCUCUCCUCCUCCUCCUCCUGCGCUCUCCCCUUUCACCUCCCUCCCCCCCCCUCCCUCCCAAGCACAGCGGCUCUACAUCAGCUCCCAGUCGCCUUUCUACUGACGAAGGUCGUUUCUCGUCUGAGGAGUGAGGAAGAGAGGACACGACCCGAGGAAGCCACGGAGGAGAGGAGGCAGGAGCGUCCUUUAUGAUGAUGUGUUCAUGUCCUCCUCGUUUCCUUCUCUUCCUGAGAGGAGGAGGAGACGAACACAUGACCCUGAUGCCUGGUCUCCUUGACGUACCCACAAUGCACUGCAGCUCAGUGAACAAAACGUUUUAAGAGUUCAGGGCAAGAACUCAUUUAUUUAUCUUCUUUUUAGACUUCUGGUUCUGAUCUGUCUGUUCUGGUUUUUAUGUAUUUUAUUUAUUUUUAAAAAUAUUUGUUUUUAUCUUUGAAAAAUGUAAUUUUUUUCCUAGUUUUUAUUUAUUUAUUUUAUUAUAAAUAUAUCUAUAUAUAUAUUUCUAGCUUUUAAGAUUUAAAAAAAUAGUAUUUUUUUACAAUUUGAAUUUUCUAUUUCAUUAUUAUUAUUAUUAUUUAUUUUGUAUUAUUUUUUUAAUGUUCUAUUUUUUCUAUAUUUUCAGUAUUCUCUCAGUUCUUGUUUAGAGUGAAGGUGGCUCUUCUUCACCUCCUUGUUCCUCUCCUCCUCCUCCUGUUAUCUGAAGGGGGCGGAGCCUCAAAGACCCACACACAUCUGAGGGGAGAAAAGAGAUACAAUAAUAAAAUAUUCAUAAACAGUUAAAAUAAGAUAUUUAUUUAGAUGGAAGUCUAGAAACAAAUGAAUGAGGGAACACUUGAGAGGAGGAGGAGGAGUCUGGUCAUGUUUCAUGGUUCUGUUAGAAGGAGAACGUUCUCUUCAUGUCUCAUUGUUCUUCUCUAUUGUUCUGCUCGUUGGAGCUGCAGGGUUCUAUACACAGAACCCUGUCUUAAAGGUUCUAUACACAGAACCCUGUCCUAAAGGUUCUAUACACAGAACCCUGUCUUAAAGGUUCUAUACACAGAACCCUGUCCUAAAGGUUCGAUACACAGAACCCUGUCCUAAAGGUUCUGAAGUCGUUCAGAUUUUAAAAUGUAAUAAUUGAAUCUGUUUAUUUCAAAUUAAUAUUAAAACUAUUUAACACAGAAAGUCUUUAUUAACACACGGAACACAACCAGAGGAGAACCAGAGGGUCUGUGAGGAGAACCUCCUUCCUCCCCCUGUUUAUCUUCCCUCUCUCUUCCCUCCUUCCUCCCCCUGUUUAUCCUCCCUCUCUCUUCCCCUCAUCCUGAUG